CUUUUUUUCUCCACUCGUCGUACUGCCACCCCGGCCCCCCGGGGCUUUCUCUCUCCUCGCGCCCACUUUUAUAUAAGCCGUGGUGGCGCACUCGGCGCCGGGCAUCGGCUGCAGCAAGGAGGCAGGCCACACCCCUUGUAGUGCGCGCUUCUCGCCUGCGCCAUAGCCACCGGCACAGUGACCCCCGUGCACCACCUCGCCGCCGCGGCAGCAGCAGCAGCAGCGACGGGAGCGAGGCGGAGGCUAGGCUAGAGAGAGAGAGAGAGAGAGAGAGAGACGUACGGGUAGCCGCCGCGAGGUAGACCGAGAAGUGAGGAAGGAGAAGCAGAGGGAGGUGAGCGGCCAUGACGAUGAGGCAGUCGAGGUUCAAGAGGAUCUGCGUCUUCUGCGGCAGCAGCCAGGGCAAGAAGCGGAGCUACCACGACGCCGCCAUUGAGCUCGGCAACGAGCUGGUGGCGCGGAGCAUCGACCUGGUGUACGGCGGCGGCAGCAUCGGGCUGAUGGGGCUCGUCUCCCAGGCCGUCUACGACGGCGGCCGCCACGUCAUCGGGGUCAUUCCCAAGACGCUCAUGACACCGGAGAUCAGCGGCGAGACGGUCGGGGAGGUGCGUCCGGUGGCCGACAUGCACCAGAGGAAGGCGGAGAUGGCGCGCCAGUCCGACGCAUUCAUCGCCCUGCCCGGAGGGUACGGGACGCUGGAGGAGCUGCUCGAGGUCAUCACGUGGGCGCAGCUGGGCAUCCACCACAAGCCGGUCGGGCUGCUGAACGUGGACGGCUACUACAACGCGCUGCUGACCUUCAUCGACAAGGCCGUGGAGGAGGGGUUCAUCAACCCCAGCGCCCGCCGCAUCAUCGUGCUCGCGCCCACCGCGCAGGAGCUCAUGGACAAGCUCGAGGAGUACGUGCCGUACCACGACAGGGUGGCGUCCACGCUCAACUGGGAGAUGGGCCACCUAGGCUACUGACGUGGCGUCUGAAGCAAUCAUCAAGAACGGGGCAGGCGAUUGGAACCAUUGAUCGGUGAAGGAAGGAGGAGGAGGAGGAGAAGAAGCUUAGCUAGCCGUCGGAUUGGGAUUUUAAUUUUUCUCCCUAUUUAACUUGACGCGUGCAGAUCGGUUUGGAGUGUUGGUUUGUAUAUGAUGGUGGCCUUGUGUUUGCUUCCACUGGGGGUGCAAUGCUGUAGCAGCGAAAAGGACUUGACCGGUUUCCUCUCCCCGCCCCUGCUGCUGUAUGGUCUAGUAGUAGUAUUAGCAGCUAGUGCCUGCCUAUGUAUGUUAGUUUCAAGAAGCUGAAUUCGAUUGACUACAGCAACUCAGCAAGUGUGUUAUACUA